AUGGCCGGGCGAUUCAAAUUUCCAUCAAACGAAGAGGACUGGAGACGGGCAGCAAAGAACGCCAAGCUUGAGAAUGCAAAUAUCAACGAGUUCCGCGACAUGCACUCAGCUUCAAAAGCUACAGUUGCACAAUUUCUUGUUCUUAAGAUUUUGGUGGAAGAGAACCCGUUCAAGCAGCUGGCCAGGGACGCGCCUAUGUGGAACCUGGACGCGUUUAUACCUGCAGCGCAACAUGAGCUGAACACCGACUUCCCGGAAUUCUGGGCUUAUCUGAGGAGUGUACGUGCUGACUCUGGUGCAACGAUGAAGGGACAGGGGGAUCCUUUACAAUUGGGGAUGUUUGAGAUCCCUCGUGAGAACGAACGCCAAGUUAUGGACCGCAAGCUCCUGUCCAGCUAUAGAACCGCACCCUCAAACUCCCAUCAAACAAGCAUUGUCCCCACCAGAGACGAGGAGACCGUAAACAUCUCUCUUAUUGAAUUCCUGCAAGCUGUCUCUUUGAAAGUCCCUGGUGCCUUGUCCCGCUGGACACCGACAAGGUUGGUACUGCGUGCAAGCUUCCGGAGUAGCUCCUACGAGGCGCAUAUUGAUGGUGCUCUCUGUGCCUUUCAAGAACCAGAGAGGGCGCAAGCGCUCGUAGAGUGUAAGGCUCUGCAGCGGGAGGAUACGGAAACGCAGACCGCCAUCCAGGAAGCCCUUGAGGUCGGGGCCUUCUUGCAGCAAAAAGACCGGCCACCGUCGGGCGACCCAGGAAGAAUUUGCGUCAUUUCUCAGAAUCGGAACGAGAGGUACAUCACUCUGGGCACAGUAGACCGGCACUACCUAAAUUACCUCAAUGGUACCGACCAGACAUCAAGGUUCUUGACGCUGCAUCGAUACGGGCCCUGGAUGAUAGACAAUGCGGAUCACCUGGAAAACUUCGCAACUAACGUUCUUGCUUUUGUACUGAGGGUGGGAGAUGGACGAUAG